GUGGGGCACUGCCAAUGUGUACUGUGCCCGGGGGACUGGUCAUUGUGACCCUCCUUGUGUUACCCCUGUACAGGUUAUUGAGGAUGUGAGCAGCUGCGGACACUACAGAUCCACACCCUGGCACUGCCCAUUAGCAGUGAGCAAAGGCACAGAACCUGCCCUCAACAAGGUGGCACUGAGGGCCACACGUAGCCUGGAGUCACACCGGUCCCUGGGAGAGAUGUCACGCAGCUCAGACACCCACAGUGCAGGCUCGCUGCAGGUUCUGGUGAGGGGCUGCUGGCAGAUGUUGUGGUGCCGGCUCGACGGGCCGCUGCUGCUGAUGUACGGGGGACCCAGAGGCAGCGGCGCGCUGCAACACUCCAUCGACCUGCGAGGCUGCACGCUGAGGGCACACACAUGCAGCCUGAGCAUCGCCCGUCAGGACAGGGAACUGGCACUGCUGCAGGCCGUCUCGCUGGAGGAGAGGGGGCGCUGGCUGCGGCUGCUCUCGGCAGCGGGUGGAGCUGAUGCAGACCCCGACCCGGACCCGGACCAUGCCUACGAGGACCCAUCCCUUGCAACCGGAGCGUGGAAUGGUGCCGGCAAUGGACCCGUCAGUGGGUUGCUGCAGCGGAGAGUCACGACACCCAACGCCUACAUGGACGACCCGUUUGGCCAAGUGUCCAUCCAGCCCACCCCAGGGGACGGAGACAGAGACAGAGACAGUGACAGAGACGGUGACGGCAGCCCUUCACCCCCACAGCAGAGGCUGGCUCUGCCCAACCAGCAGCUGGGAGACCGAAAAGGCACCAGAUUUGCAGAGAAUUACCAGCGCAACACCAACAGCAGCCAGGGGGCGAGGUACAACACCCUGCCCAGUGCCAGAUUUCUAACAUAUUGGGGUGAAUUGGAAAGGAAAGCACCUGAAGGUGAAAGGGCAGCUGCCCGAGACCAAUCCACACAGACAGACAAGAAAGACUUCAAAGAAGCGAUGGAUCCAUUGCCUGAACGGAAGGCGUUGCCACGCCUGGAGGAGAAGAUGCGUCGUCUGGAGCAGGCGGUGCUCCGGGCCAAGGAGCGGGUGAAGUCCGGCUCCGAGCUCAAUCUGCUCUCGCUCAGCAAGACCUUCAAACGCGCCUCCUGCGGGCACAGCCUGGCGCUGUUCUCCUCCAGCUCCGAGACGGCCGACCCAGAGGUUGCGAUCGUGAGUCCGAUCCUGAGGCGCACGGCAUCCGCCAAGUGCAGCCUGAGGCGGGCACCCUCAGUUCUGGGCGUUGAGAGGGGCAGAGUGCUUCAGAAAACAAAGGAAUGGGAGAUGAAGUCCUCAGUGUAAACGACAUGGAAAGGGAUGUCCGAGUCUUCAGCCAGGAGUGAUCUCGGAGUGUGGACACGCAGCUCCGUGAGACUCUGCGCUCUCAGUGGUGUAAUCGCCACGUGGAUCCUGCAUCAACACCGACUCUCUCCUGCCUGCCUGCCUGCCUGCCCGUCCCGCCAACAGGGCCAAUCCCAUGGCACGCCUGGGUUUCCUGUUGGAAUCUGUGACCUGAACCUCACAUGCAGUGGCUCGAAUGCAGCGGCCAGGGGCUGACUGUUAAUCUCAGCAUGGGAGAGGGGGCGCCACACAAUCCCACACAGCUCGUUACACUGUAGACCCACCACCCCACACAACACAUCCCACCACUGAUUCACCACUCCACACAACUCAUAAGUUGUACGAGCAGAAUUAGUGCAUUCAUCCCAUCAGGUCUACUCCGCCAUUCAAUCAUAGCUGAUCUAUGUCUGUCAACCCCAUUCUCCUGCCUUCUCCCCAUAACCCCUGACACCGUUACUAAUGAAGAAUCUGUUAUUCUCCACCUUAAAGAUAUCCAGUGACUUGGCCCAACUGAACAAUAUCCAUUGGCGCGGCUCAUCCCACCACUGACCUGCCA